AUUUCCUGUUGCUCCAUUAUACCAUCAAGACUAGUCAGACCACAUACUAACAUUUGGUUCUUGUGCAGACCGUCAUGGGACCCGGGUGAUGAAUUUAGUGAUUCAUUGCCAUUUGAUGGUUUCUCGUUUGCGUUUUUGGGACUUGAGCGGUGUGGCACCACUUUCAACUAUGAACCUUCGGACGCCUGGAACCCGACUCAACAAGUCUCGGAUCCCUUCCAUACCAUGCAGCAACUGCGUCCAGAACGAGCCAACAGUGUCCCAGUUACCCAAGUGAGCCUCCCAUCUUUGUCGCAAGGUAGCACAGAUAACCAAGCAAUCGAGCGACCAAUUAACCUGGCGCAAAACACAGAGGACGAAGAGCGCCCUCACAGGUGCACUGCACGAGGCUGUAACGUCCGCGGCUUCAAAAAGCAAACGGAUCUUCGGCGUCACCAAGGUACACAUGGCAAUCCUUUGUUCUUUUGUCCCGUGACAACCUGCAAAGCUCACACCAAGGGAUUCAAACGCAAAGAUAACCUUAGGGAACAUCGGAAACGAGUGCACGAUGCAAAUGCACGCGCUUCCGAUGUUCGGGCCGAUGAUUUGAAGCAGGCUUUACGAGCCGCAUCAAGCGAAGAUGAAGAAAUGGAAGACUCGAGCUCGGUACAGGUGCCGGCGAAUAUGCAAAACGGUUCUAUGGUCGAUGCACCGGCUAAAUCGGUUCUCUUAGCAAAGCUCGUGGAGUUACGUACCUCACGAGAAAGAUUCAUUUUUGAGAGAGACGAAGAGAUCAAGGCAGUUGAGACGACUUUGUCUUUGAUAAAAACCUACUCACAUUAG